CAGUCCUCGGUGACGUCACAGUGGAGGUCCGCCAUAUUGUCUCUGAUACAGCACAAAUAUCGCAGUGGUGCUGAUUUACCGGCAACGGAGCGACAGUUGGCUCUACAGAUCUUCGGGGGAAACACUUCGGUGGUCACAUUGCUCACGGGGCGAGAACGCCGUGCCCCCUCCCUUGUCCUCAAGUAACCCCCUCCUAGAUCCCUGCCCUGUCUCAAUCAAACACGCCCCGACCUUCCCUCCUUCCCCUCCUCUCACCCUCCCACCCUCCUCCCUAUAGCUACGUCUGCCGCUGCUGUAAAAAAAACACCACUCACUGCCAAACUGUCGGACAUGUCAGGACCCGUGCCAAGCCGGGCCAGAGUGUACAACGAGGUCAACACUCACCGGCCGAGGGAGUACUGGGACUAUGAGUCCCACGUCGUGGAGUGGGGAAACCAAGAUGACUUUCAGCUGGUGAGAAAGCUCGGCCGCGGCAAAUAUAGUGAAGUCUUUGAGGCCAUCAACAUCACCAAUAACGAGAAAGUGGUUGUCAAGAUCCUGAAGCCUGUGAAGAAAAAGAAAAUAAAGCGCGAGAUCAAGAUACUGGAGAAUCUACGAGGAGGCCCCAAUAUUAUCUCCCUUAUUGACAUUGUGAAAGACCCCGUCUCUCGGACACCUGCCUUGGUCUUUGAACACGUCAACAACACCGACUUCAAACAAUUGUACCAAACGCUGACAGAUUACGACAUCCGAUUCUACAUGCACGAGAUUCUUAAGGCUUUGGACUGUUGCCACAGUAUGGGAAUAAUGCAUCGAGAUGUCAAGCCUCAUAAUGUAAUGAUUGAUCAUGAACACCGCAAGCUACGUCUUAUUGACUGGGGCCUGGCAGAAUUUUACCACCCCGGACAGGAGUACAACGUCAGGGUUGCAUCACGUUACUUCAAGGGACCUGAGCUCUUGGUGGACUAUCAGAUGUAUGACUACAGUCUAGAUAUGUGGAGCUUGGGAUGUAUGUUGGCCAGCAUGAUCUUCCGGAAAGAACCUUUCUUCCAUGGCCACGACAACUAUGACCAGCUGGUGAGAAUAGCCAAGGUUUUAGGAACAGAAGACCUCUACGACUACAUCGAUAAAUACAACAUUGAGCUGGAACCUCGCUUCAAUGAUAUACUUGGAAGGCAUUCUCGUAAGCGGUGGGAGCGUUUUGUCCACAUUGAAAACCAGCAUCUGGUCAGCCCUGAAGCCCUGGAUUUCCUGGAUAAACUGUUGCGCUACGAUCACCAGGCCCGGCUGACUGCCCGCGAGGCCAUGGAUCACCCGUACUUCUUGCCCAUUUUAAAGGAGCAGUCUCGCAGUGGAGCUGGAGCUGCCAACCUGCCCAGUGGGAACCCGACUGUUAGCACGGCCAACAUGAUCACUGGGAUUUCUGCCUUGCCAGCUUCCACUGCCUUGGGUACACUCACCGGCUCGCCCGUGUUGUCCACCCCCACCAACACUCUCAGCUCCUCUGUGGCCGCCACCCCAGGGGCCCCACAGUGACAUCAUCAUCAGACAGCCGUAACUCCACCAGCUCCAUUUGGCGCGAUCAUGUGACUUCUCUAUGAGUGAUGACAUCCAUACAAAAGGAACACGUUUAUGUCGACCAACUCGUCAAUCAUUAUGAAAAAGUGCCCGCUUAUGUCGACAUCCAGACACAAUACGAUCAUUUCUAUGAAACGUGUUGACGUCUCAUUACAACAAGCGCAGACGUCGACAUAAACGUGUUCCGGUGUAGACGUUCAUCACUUGGACCAAAAAAAAAGAGCACAUCUUUUACAUUUGCUGAAGGGGAUGCUGGUCGUCAUGGUUACAGUAUUCGCAUAUGCUGCUUUUGAAUGAUUUCGAGACAUAACCAAAGUUUACUGCGUUCAUUGCGAGAAAGAAGAGAAUGCUUUUAUUUUGGAGGAGUUAAAGGCGGACAAACACUGGGGGUAUUGUUUUUUUGUUUUUUUUAAAUGUAGAAAAGUAAAGGGGCGAGAACACAAUACGAACUAGAUGAUGCAAUUCCAGAAGGAAUUGCGUGUGAAUGCUCCAAUGCUGACGUUGAACUGAAAUCCUGGAAAAUUUUUUUAGAAUUGCUGAAGUAAGAGCACACAAUUCCCGAACAGGCUGAAUAUUUUGAAGUUGGAACCAUUUGAAUCAGGUGAAAAAUGUGGGAGUUGUGGAACUUUGAAGAAUGUCCCAUUGAUUUCAAUGGGAAUUUCCCCCAAAUUUGGGAAUUUCGGGAAAAGCGGGAAUUUUUUUUUGAAUGGUAAAAAAUUUGAAUGGUCUGAAUAAAUUGAAAUGGUUGGUGUUGGAAUUUUUCAAAUCGGUCGAGAAAUGUUGAAGUAGUAACAUUUUUUAAUGAGAAAUUGUCUUAACGAAUUCCUGGAGUUUUGGGAAAACCGGGAAUUUUUCCAGUUCGAAAAACAACUUUGUCAUGAUUAAGAGGAAUGUUUUGACGGUGGAACGGUUGAAGUGGGUUGAAAAAUGUGGAAGGAGUAGUCCCCAGAAAAAAAGGGUUUGAAAAAACGGGAAUUCCUGGAUUUUUUUUUUUACUUGUAAAAAUAUUAGUUUGAAUGUCUAAGUUGGUGGAAUGUGUUGAAGGUGGAAUGGUUUGAAUCGGUUGAAAAAUGUGGAAAUGGGGAAAGUUUGAAUGGGAAAAAUAUCCCGGAAAACCUGGAAUUCUGGGAAAUCUGGGAAUUUUUUUAAUUUUUCAAGGAAAAGCCCAAAUCUGGAGAAGAAGAAGACUAAGUAGUUUAACUCGAUGAGGCAAUUCCUGAAGGAAUUGUGUGUGAAUGCUCCAAUGCUGACCUUGAGCUGAAAUCCUGGAAUUUUUUUUUUAGAAUUGCUAAAGUAAGAGCACACAAUUCCCGAACAGGCUGAAUAUUUUGAAGUUGGAACAGUUUGAAUCAGAUGAAUAAUGUGGGAGUUGUGGAACUUUGAAGAAUGUCCCAUUGACUUCAAUGGAAAUUUCCCAAAAAUUUGGGAAUUUCGGGAUAAGCGGGAUUUUUUUUUUUAAAUGGUAAAAAAAACUUGAAUGGUCUGAAUUAGUUGAAAUGGUUGGUGUUGGAAUUUUUCAAAUGGGUCAAAACAUGUUGAAGUAGUAACAUUUUUAAUUGAGAAAUGGAUUGAAUGGAUUGAUAAUUGGGAUUGAUGAAUGGGAAAAAUGUCCUGGAAAACCUGGAAUUCUGGGAAAUCUGGGAAUUUUUUUAAUUUUUCAAAGAAAAGCCCGCGAUUCCCGAAUAGGCUGAACAGUUUGAAGUUGGAACGGUUUGAAUCUGGUGAAAAAUAUUGAAGGUAGAGUGCGCCAAAAUCUGGAGAAGAAGAAGAAGUAAUUUAACUAGAUGAGGCAAUUCCUGAAGGAAUUGUGUGUGAAUGCUCCAAUGCUGACCUUGAGCUGAAUUCCUGGAAUUUGUUUUAGAAUUGCCCGAUUGUAGCUGAGAUAGGCUCCAGCGCCCCCCGCGACCCCAAAGGGAAUAAGCGGUAGAAAAUGGAUGGAUGGAUGUUUUAGAAUUGCUGAAGUAAGUGCACACAAUUCCCGAACAGGCUGAAUAUUUUGAAGUUGGAACCGUUUGAAUCAGAUGAAACAUGUGGUAGUUGUGGAACUUUGAAGACUGUCCCAUUGAUUUCAACGGAAAUGUCCCCAAAAUUUGGGAAUUUGAAUAGUCUGAAUGAAUGGUUGGUGUUGGAAUUUUUCAAAUCGGUCGAGAAAUGUUGAAGUAGUAACAUUUUUAAUUGAAAAAUGGUCUUAAUGAAUUCCUGGAGUUUCGGGAAAACCAGGAAUUUUUCCAGUUCGAAAAACAAAUUUGUUUUUUGUCCUGAUUAAAAGAAAUGUUUUGACGGUGGAACGGUUGAAGUGGGUUGAAAAAUGUGGAAGGAGUAGUUACCAGAAAAAAGGGUCAAAAAAGGGUUUGAAAAAACGGGAAUUCUGGGAAUUCGUGGAAUUUUUUUUAACUUGAAAAAAUAAUAGUUUGAAUGUGCAGGAUGAGUGGAAUGUGUUGAAGGUGGAAAGGUUUGAAUCGGUUGAAAAAUGUGGAAAUGGUGGAAGUUUGAAAAAUGGCCAAUUCAUUUUGAAUGGGAAAAAUGUCCCGGAAAAACUGGAAUUUGGGGAAAUCUGGGAAUUUUGGGAAUUUGUCAAGGGGAAGCCCGCAAUUCCCAAAUAGGCUGAACAGUUUGAAGUUGGAACGGUUGUAAUCGGAUGAACAAUGUGGAAGGUAGAGCGCGCCAAAAAAGAAGUAGAAGAAGUUGAAUAAAUAGAUUAAUUUUGGUGUAGAAAACCAUGUGUGAAUGUUUUGGAGCAUUCGCACAAUAAUGUAUGCCAACAUUGUCCACCAGGGGGAGCUGCUUGUUUCUACUCCUAGGUUUGGGGACGUGUGCUAAAAUAUUCACUUGAAUGUUUGGCUGGCAGGUGAUUAGUUUGUAUUUAGUUGGGAGGCCACCCCCCCUUUGUGGGUGAAGUUGAACAUUUUAUUGCAUUGUUGAUGUGCGACAAAAAGCUGAUGGAUUCCAAGGAAGACUUGUUUUACAUCAGCACUUGAAAGACAUGUUUUACAUCUUUUCUAAACGUGUCAAAUGCAAAGAAAUCCUACAUGUUGAGUCUCGACACCAUGUAUAUAUUUUUAUGUCCUCAUGUAAGAGACGAGCGUUUGCCAAGAUUUGUGUAAAUAAAGCCUUU